GGUCAACUGGGCUUAUCCUUUUAUAUAGUUGUUUGCUCUCGACGCUCGUCGGAGAAGACGAAGAAAUCUGGGUGGCAAUCUGUCGCGAAACUAAAAUUAAGAGCGAUCAGGUUAUUCUAAGUGACAUGAUUCCCUUUCAAUCCACUGAAAACCGGUGCAAAUUCUGUUGGUAAUCUGUGUGGGAGGUUUAAUUUUCGUUGGAAAUCGGAGUGUGGAAGAAUUGGGCUAGUGAGGGGAGGAGGAAAAUCAAAGAUGCGAGGACGAUGUGGAAGGAAACGAGAGAGAGAGAACUCGGGAACCUUCGUCCUAAUUUGUUCAGCGGUCGCAUUUGUAAAUCUAGGGUUUCUUCCAUCCAGUUGUCCAAUUACAAGGAAGUGAUUUCCUCUCACAAUGGUUCAGUCAACUCUCUUCAGGUUGAUUUGACAGAGGGGAGAUAUCUAUUGGCUGGUGCAUCGGAUGCUACUGUUGCAGUUUAUGAUAUCCAGCGUGCAACGGAUUAUGAUGGUGGUGGCUUGAUUGCGAAGCAUAAUUCGCUGUUUGUCAUAAACAAGCAACAUGAACAUAGCCAUAAGUAUGCCAUAUCCUCAGCCAUCUGGUAUCCAAUUGACACGGGGCUGUUCGUCACAGGUUCAUAUGAUCAGCAUAUUAAGAUAUGGGAUACAAAUACCACACAAGUUGUGAUGAAUUUUCGAAAGCCUGGAAAGGUUUAUGGUAUUGCCAUGUCUCCAAUAGCAAGAUCUCAUAUGUUAAUUGCCGCUGGAAGUGAAGACGUCCAAGUUCGUUUGUGUGAUAUUGCCUCUGGAGCAUUUGCUCACACUUUGUCUGGUCAUCGUGAUGGUGUAAUGUCAUUGGAAUGGUCUAGAUCUAGUGAGUGGGUAUUAAUAACUGGAGGAUGUGAUGGUGCUAUACGCUUUUGGGACAUCAGGCGUGCUGGAUGUUUUCGUGUCUUAGAUCAAUCCCAUUCUCAGUUUGGAAGGCGCCCACCUCUCGCUCGCCGAAUAACAAAUAAGAAAUCUUCAUCAGCAAGCCAAAGUUCAAACGGAAAAGUCCGAGCACCUCAGAAAAAAUCAUCAAAUGGAAUCAGUUUGAAGCCACAUUCUGUGGGUAGAAUUUCUAAUCAAGUGAAAGUUACAAAGCAGAGAUCUCAUCCAGGAUUGUUGUCCAUUCAUGACCAUGCUACAGGACAUUAUGGUGUUGUUACUGGAUUAAAGGUGACUCAAGAUGGCAUGUAUCUUCUAAGCACAGGUUCGGAUUCGAGGUUGAGGUUAUGGGAUAUAGAAUCUGGAUGCAAUACACUUGUGAACUUUGAAACAACACGUCUACAAAGCAGCAAGGCUAUUCAAAUGGCUGUGUCCCAAGACUCAUCUCUUGCUUUUGUUCCAUGCAUGACGACUGCAAAGGCCUUUGACAUGUGGUCUGGCCAAACAAAGUGCACUUUCCGUGGUCACUAUGAAAACGUGAACUGCUGCUGGUACAAUGCUACAGAUCAGGAAUUAUAUACAGGUGGUAAUGAUAGGAAAAUUCUUGUCUGGUCUCCUUCCAAAUUCAUUUCUGAUGAAGUGGAUGAAUGGAAGAAAGGGCAUAAUACAGCAGUCGAUGAGGAUAAUUGGAGCGACUGAGGUUUUGUUUAUUUCAAUGUCCUUUAUUUUCUCCUCAAUGGUGCAUCCCCAGCGCAGUUUGCCCUGAAAGUCGUGUUCUAUAAAUAAAAGGCGAAAGGAUCAAUCCCUUCCAGCUCCCCACCCCUCAUCAUUUUCUUGCAUAUUAAAUCCAGUUUGCCGCAAUGCUGCCUUUAUUAGCUUGAGAACACGAUACACUCCAACCUUUAGACUCUUUUUAGAUAUGAUGUUGCUCUGUUAGAACAAAGUUUCAGUUCGAAUAAUUUCUGUUAUUGCACUCUACUGUAUGUACAUUAUUACUUUUCUUCGAUAUGUUGAAAAUUUGCAUGCUCAAAAAGCAUUUGUGAUAAAGUACA